AUGUCGGUCAACUCGCUGCCUCGCCCGUCGCGACCGUCGAUUGCUCCUCCAACGGGACCCUUGCCCUCGCUGCCCGUUCCAAAGCACAGAAGCUCCAAUGUCGGUCCGACAACACGAAACUCGUUGCUCCCGGGUGCUGCCAAUACACGCGCUGUAUCUUCGUCUUCGCUGCCCUACAGACCGACUUCCAAGCACCUCACAUCGCCGUCGGUGCCGUCGUUCCCACCCGAAGCUGGUUCUGCCGGAUCGCUGCCCGUUGGAAAGUCGCUGCGCAAGACAGUCAGCAUCGGUUCCUUUCCACAACCACCCAGACAUGGGGGGAGGUCAAAUCCAACUAGUCCGCUGUCGACGAGUUCGACGCCUGGCGGAGACAUGGUCGAUCGGAGAGUGUCAUCCAUAUCCAAAGGUCAAACGCCUUCUCGGAAUAAUAGCCUCAAGAAGCCACGAAGCUCCAACAUUGGAGGAGCGCGAGGCUUGCUGCCAAAAUCACCUCUGUCGCCUCCAAGUUUACUCAACGGAAGCGCGGAUUCUGUCACAAGUCGCAACUCUUCGCCCCAGGGCUCGUACGCAACCAGCGCAACCACAUUCGAGGACGGAGAGGACGGACGCGCAGAUGGCAAGGGACACAAGGACGGCAAAGGCAACGUCAUUGUGAGCGUCCGAGUAAGGCCUGAUGCUGGGGCCAAGGAUAAUAAACAUGACCUGGAGUGGGAAGUCAACAACAAGCGCGCAUUGAUAGCCUACAAGGGCAAGGAGGGUGGGGACUACAUAUAUGACAACGUAUUCGACACCCAAGACAACAACGCCCGCGUAUACGAUGCUGCAGCCAAACGACUUGUCCGGAGGGUCAUGGAGGGCUACCACGGCACCGUCUUUGCUUACGGCAUGACUGGAACCGGCAAGACGUUUUCUAUGCAAGGAACUGCAACGAAUCCUGGUGUCAUACCACUCGCUAUCACUGACAUCUUCUCCUACAUCCGCGAGACGCCUCAGCGAGAGUUUCUCCUGAGAGUCAGCUACAUUGAAAUCUACAACGAAAAGAUUAUCGAUCUGCUGGCAGGACCUGUUGUAGGCAUGAAUGGCCAGACCGGGCCCGUCGAAGAGAUCAAGCUGCGCGAGGACAGCAAACGGGGUGUCUAUGCGUCGCCACUGAAGGAAGAAAUCGUGCAGAGUCCGACGCAACUCUUGAGGGUCAUUGCCCGAGGUGACAACUCAAGAAAGGUGGCGGGUACCCAGUUCAAUGCGCGCAGUUCCCGCAGUCACGCUGUGGUCCAGAUUGUUGUCGAAAGCAGAGAGCGCGCUCCCGGCCCGGCAAUGAGCGGUGACAAACGAUCAGCCAUUGUCCCUGGUGGUGUUCGUGUUUCGACGCUCAGUUUGAUCGAUUUGGCUGGUUCUGAAAAGGCUGCCGAUAACAAAGAAAGACGAACUGAGGGCUCCCACAUCAACAAGAGUUUGCUUACUUUGGGUACAGUCAUUGGACGGUUAGCUUCCGACAAGGACAAGUCUGAGAAGGACAAGGGCAAGGGCGAUAAGCAUUUGCCAUACCGAGACAGCAAGCUCACCCGACUUCUUCAACCCGCUCUCUCUGGUAACUCACUGGUCAGCAUUCUCUGUACAAUCCAGAUCGGAGCAAGUGGGAGUCCUGCUGCCGUAAACAGUCACACGGGUGAGACACUGAAUACGCUCAAGUUCGCCUCCCGAGCCAAGAACAACAUUGUCAGCCACGCCAAGAAAGCCGACGAGUCUAUGGGUGCUGGUGGAGACGCUGGAAGUCGAGCGCUUCUGGAUCGCUACCGCCUAGAGAUUGAGGAACUAAAGAAGCAGCUUGCGGAAGGCAAAAAUAAGGAGCCCAAGGAAGAAGAAGAUGACGAGCUGAAAAGAGACAAGGAGGAAGAGAAAGCGCGCGAACUGGAAGACAGGCAACGGCACGAAGAACAGAUGCUUGAGAUGCAACUAGCCCGAACCGCCCUGAAGGAGCGUAUCGAACAUCUCAACAGGCUAAUUUUGAGUUCCAAGUCUCUCGGUGUGAACAAUGGCCGAUCCUUCUCUUCAAUGAGCUUCCAGCGCGGCUCCGUCAUGAGCAAUAACCACCACGACAUGCGCCCAAGCUCUAUACGCUCCUCCGCAAGCCAUGCCACGCUCGAAGUUCCAGGUAAAAGACAAAGCACACCGCACCUUCACAUGGACGGCUCCGAGGAAGACGACUCGGUUGGGGAGAAUGGCGACGGCAUUGCAAGUCAGACAGUGCAGAUCCAAGCACUACAAGCUGAUCUUGCGGAUAAGAACCGUUACAUCGCUACCCUUGAGAAGCGCCUGUUGCACGCCCGGCGGUCCAGUCAUUCUCGUGUCUCCCUGUCGUUGUCGCACAAGCUCACAAACAGCGAGGAGGGUGGCAUGAUUGCAGCCCUUGCCGAAAGAGACAACGAGAUAGUCAACCUGCGCGCACAACUAGAGGACAAGGAGCGUAUGAUUGGCGCCCUCACGUCAGCUCGCAAGAAGAAUGACAACGCACACGAGAUGGGUAGUGAAUCACCAGGAAGCCGGCGCACGUCAUAUUAUCAACGCAGCGGCAGUGACGGCAGUGGGAUCAGCUUGCCGAAAGGUCCAACAUCGCCUGCACUCAGUGUAAAGACUCCCUUUCUACCUCCUCCAGCUACCAAUGGCUCAACCAAGAACAUCGAAGAGAUGACGCGUAUGCUCGACGAGAUGAUCACCGGUCGCGUUGAGAAGACUGCAAGGCGAAGCAGUCUUAGGCCGGUUACCGAAGGACCAUGA